CUGUUAAUAAUUUGGCGUUCUUGGAGGCCUAAUGGCGUGUCUCGGCCUCAAUUUGUAAUUUAUAAAUUGGUGAUACGUUCCUGGUGAAGAACUGGAAGAAGAAAUAUGCGGGACGUCAAGGUUCGUUGAGGAGGACGAUCGUAAAUGUUACCAGCAACAGGCAGAAGUUGCUCAGUAGAAUGACCGUCACAACGGAACCCACCCAGUGUAGGUGAAGCAGCUGCAGUUUAGUGAGGAUAUAUCUCACUCUCUUUAGCUUCUGCACACCUUAACACUACCAAGAUUUAGCUGACGGUGUCGUACACAAAGGGGUGCAUGGACAAGCCCCCAGGGAUAGUAGGGGCUGAUCGUCAGUUCCCAGUACCACAGACAGUACCUGCAGCCAUGUUAGCCAGCAACAAGCGGCCGCGGCUAGACAAUAUUCGCCCUCCCAUUCCCAAUGGCCCCGGCAUGCAUGCGCGGCCCUUGGUGGCACUGCUCGAUGGGCGAGACUGUGCCAUAGAAAUGCCCAUCUUGAAAGAUGUGGCCACUGUUGCAUUCUGUGAUGCGCAGUCAACCUCAGAAAUCCACGAAAAAGUACUAAAUGAAGCUGUUGGUGCACUCAUGUGGCACACCAUUACUCUUACAAAAGAGGAUCUCGAAAAAUUCAAGGCACUCAAAGUCAUUGUUCGAAUCGGCAGCGGAAUCGACAAUGUUGAUGUCAAGGCUGCAGGAGAGUUGGGCAUCGCUGUAUGCAACGUUCCAGGAUAUGGAGUUGAAGAAGUCGCAGACACCACCAUGUGCCUGAUUCUAAAUCUUUAUCGUCGCACAUACUGGUUGGCCAACAUGGUUCGCGAGGGGAAGAAAUUUACGGGUCCCGAGCAGGUGUGGGAGGUUCGAGAGGCAGCUCAAGGAUGUGCUCGGAUACGUGACGACACACUGGGUAUCGUAGGUCUCGGUCGCAUCGGGUCAGCAGUAGCUCUAAGAGCAAAGGCAUUUGGGUUCAAUGUCACAUUCUACGAUCCUUACCUAUCUGAUGGUAUAGAAAAGAGCCUUGGGAUAACCAGAGUAUAUACACUACAGGAUCUGUUAUAUCGAAGUGAUUGUGUAUCACUUCACUGUUCUCUGAACGAGCAUAACAACCACCUUAUAAAUGACUUCACCAUUAAACAGAUGCGCCCAGGAGCAUUUUUGGUGAACACCGCUAGAGGGUCAUUAGUCGAUGAAAAUGCCCUGGCCUCAGCACUGAAGGAAGGAAGAAUCAGAGCUGCGGCACUUGAUGUUCAUGAAAAUGAACCAUACAACCCCUUCCAGGGUAAUGCUUUAGCAUUUAGUUCCUUGGCCCUAAAAUCACUGCGACCUCUGAAGGAUGCACCAAACCUCAUUUGUACUCCACAUGCAGCUUAUUAUUCUGAUGCCUCUAGCAAUGAACUAAGAGAAAUGGCUGCUAGUGAAAUACGCCGUGCAAUAAUAGGCCGCAUACCUGAAGCUUUACGCAACUGUGUUAAUAAAGAGUACUUCAUGAGCAACUACAGCGAAGGUGGAGUUAAUGGCACUGCCCCAUAUUAUGUGCCAGUUCACUCUACAACACAUGACUCCGUGCCCAGUGGUCCCCCUCCUACUAGUCAUGUAGGGGCUGGAAUACCACCACCUCCACACAUGCCACCUAAUGUCCCAGUCAGUGGAAGAGCUUCUCCUCAGACUGGGCCUCCUGGCCCGCCUGGACCUAGGGACUCCACUUCCCCAUAACACAUACUGCCUCCACCUUUAUUACAACUACCAACCCUCCGCAGUGAGUAUUGACUUUUUCCACACAAACUACACAAA